GAGCUCAUACUAAAACAAAAGUCGAAAGAAUAAAAGAUGCAAGCUCUCACCCAAUGCGCGGAAAGAUUAUCCACAUCCGCUAUCGAUAACCCUAGCGCAGCUGCACCCCUGACGUAGCUCGUGGCACUGCAGCUGCAUUUGGGCCAUCUCACCUCCACUUUAACCCCGAUUUCUGCCUAGAAAAGCGCAUACAUGACAGGCCCUCUCCUUUCACACCUCUCUUUCUGUUCGAACCCAUCUGCACUACCGCCACCGUGUCAUUCAGGCUCCUCGUGCGCAGGAUGGCCUCUACGGCCGCCCGACCUAGCGGGGUCCCGCAAGAGGAUCUCGAAUCCUUUCAAGCACACUUGAGCAAGUCGACGCGGAUACUCGCCUUACUAGGCGCAGGCCUCUCCGCAUCUUCCGGAUUACCGACAUUUAGGGGAGCUGGAGGACUGUGGAGAACACACGAUGCUAUGCAAUUAGCAACACCGGAAGCUUUCGCGCGGGAUCCCGGGCUCGUAUGGCAGUUCUACAACUACAGGCGGCAUAUGGCGCUUAAAGCCAAACCCAAUCCUGCACACUAUGCUCUUGCGGAGCUGGCUAGGAAGAAAGAAGACUUCAUGACCUUGAGCCAGAACGUCGACGGUCUCUCCCCGCGGGCCAAACAUCCAGAGGAUAAGCUCAAGCUCCUGCACGGCUCCCUCUUCGACGUCAAAUGCUCAGACUUCUUCUGCAACUACACCGAAUCGAACAACUACACAGAUCCCAUCGUCCCCGCGCUCGCGAUUCCUACCGACGAAUCAGAUCCCACCACCUCCGACGCUCUGCAGCGGCGCGAACUCGAUAUCUCGAACGAGAACGUCUCCCUACCAGAGCUCGACUACCGCCAUUUGCCCAAGUGCCCCAAGUGCAAGCGUGGACUGCUGCGGCCGGGCGUAGUGUGGUUUGGCGAGAUGCUUCCCACGAAUGUGAUCGAGGACAUCGAUAACUGGAUGACUAAGAACAAGAAGAUCGAUUUGAUCAUGGUCAUUGGGACGAGCGCGAAGGUGUAUCCGGCGGCGGGGUACGUGGAUCGAGCAAGGGUCAAAGGAGCUAAGGUAGCCAUCAUCAACAUGGAUUCGAACGACGUGCCGGCGGGUGGCCUUCGCAAGGGCGAUUGGUUCUUUGAGGGCGAUGCGGCGCAGAUUAUGCCAGAGAUUUUGAAGAACGUGAUUGGGGAGAUCAAGAAUACGCCUGAUGCUGCGGAGGGUGCAUGAGCCGGUUUGAACUUGGAGUUCGGGGCAGGACAUGAUAUGUGAUUUUUGGUCGGUUCUUAAGUGUUACCUAGGGAGCAGGGCGUAUAGAUACAAAAGAGACUUUCAGUGCAUGGGCUUGAUGCUCGACGAAGGGUCGUUGAGCUAGAAUACUCGAAUACCGCCCUUCGACCCUGCUAGCCUAACGACCCGGAACAUAUUAUCCUCAUCUUCUCAGAGCUCGUGGUCAACGUAUCAGAACUGCC